AUCUAUAAAAUUAGGGUAUAUAAGUUAAUAUUUAAAUUGAUGCUACCAUACUUGUACCCAAAGUGUAAAAUCGAAACCACCAAAAUCAUGUCGAGAUCUGGAUUAGGGAACGAGCUUGAGUUCCCUCCUGGAUUUGACAAACCAUAUGAAUCACCACCACAACCACACCUAUUGGAUUCACAAAGUACCAUUCCUCCUCAUUCUUCUCCUAUUCCUCAUGAACAUAUAAAUUAUACACCUGAAAUAAUUAGCCACUCUGAUGCGCUAAUUUCUCCAACUGCUCCUUUACCUUCCACCUCAACCAACAUCCCUAAGAAGCGUAGAGGACGACCUUAUGGUUCUCGCAACAAAAAGCCCCGAAUGAAUAUCGUUUAUGGAAUGGAUAUAUCUUCACUUAAGUCUCACAUGAUCAUGGUGAAUACUGAAGAGGAUGUGUUAGAGAAGAUUACAACAUUUUCCCAUAGUCUCUCAAAAAAUGUAACCAUUAUAUCUGCAAAUGGGACAGUUUCUAAAGUAAGAUUUUCUGAAUCUUCAUCAUCUGCUGAAACUGUGACCUAUGAGGGACGAUUUGAGAUCCUAUCACUUAAAGGCUCUGUGUUUGUUGGCACAAAUGAAAGUGAACAGAAAAGAUUUGGUGGAGUAAAGGGGUCAUUUGUUUCAUUAUCAAAUAGUCGUGUAUUUAGUGGUAAAGUUGCUGAUAUUUUGAUUGCUGCUACUCCAAUUCAGAUAAUAUUGGGGAGUUUCUUUUCGGAGGAUCGAGAAGUAGUAUUGUCCGGUCCAAAUGAGCCUCAUGCAGAAGGCCCAAGCAACCCUUCGUCGACAAUUCACUCAUCGAUGGGAAUAUUGAUAUCGUAGUUUAAAACUAUCAGAUAUCAUUCUCUUGUUAUCAUGGUAGUUUAUUUGAAUAAAAAAACAUUAUUUGUUUGAUAGACAAGUUGUAUUUGGCUUGAAACUAUG